GGGAGGGGAAUGGAAUGGAAGGGGGAGCGGAUAGUGAGACAAAAUGGCGUCUGCUGGUGGUGGGAGCUCCGGAGGCGAGAACCGUCUGGUGUCGCUGCCUUUGUCUCGGAUCCGGGUGAUAAUGAAGAGCUCCCCCGAAGUCUCCAGCAUCAACCCGGACGCCAUCUUCCUCACCGCCAAGGCCACGGAGCUGUUUGUUCAGUACUUAGCCACCUAUUCCUACAAGCAUGGACAGGGCAAAGAGAGCAAAGCAUUAACCUACAGUGACCUGUCUCAUGCAGCCGAAAAAUCUGAGACCUUUCAGUUCCUAGCAGAUAUCCUACCAAAGAAGAUCUUAGCAAGCAAAUACCUGAAAAUGCUUGAGAAAGAAAAGAAAGGGAAACAGAAGGAGGAGGAGGAGGAAGAGGAAGACAGUGAAAAUGAAAGUGAAGAUGAAGAAGAAUCUUAAGCAUGAGAAGUGAUGCUUUUGUUGCAUAAACAUUUGGAAAUCCCUUGUGGCCAAGCUGACUCCUGCACUAUCUGUAUUGACUGAAAACAGAGGAGCAAGUGGAUCCUCUAGCUGCUUGAACUACCAUUUUUGGAGAGACUUGGCUGUGGGACUCAGUAUGUACAGGUUAUUUCUUUUACAUCCUGUCCUUCAGAUGACUACUAAUGACAUGCCAGGCGUACUUGUCAGGAGAUCGUCAGUCUUCUGUAUAGAGGUUUCAUUUUCUUUGCCCACAUUGGGCAAUCUUCAAAAAUUCAGCUAUUUUACUUGCCAAAAUGAUGGCUCUUCUUAUGAGCCGCAGCUUAGAAAAUUACUUUUGUUUCUCUAAAAGGGAGCUGUUCAUUCAGCAGCUUUGGAGAAGCCCAAACACAUAUUGCAAUGCAGACUGUCCAACCUAGUUGGAAAUAAAAAGAACUCAUUUUCAGAUUUGUUGGUUGUGAAUACAGUGAAAAAAACAAAAAGCAUGGUCUUAAAGGGAAGGAAACAACCAACCUGCUUUUUUAUGACAGUAUGUGUAUUUGGCAAAUACAUUUAUUUGGAAGACUUUGAAUAUAGAUUGUUUGUAGAAAAGACAUUCUUGUUUUGAUAUGAGAUUUAUGUAACAGGACUUUUUACCAUUGGAGUAAAUGAGCAAUAUAUUUUUGUUGCCAUGGAAAGAAUUGUAGGAACUGCGCACCUAGAGUGGGGCAAGUUUUAUAAAUGCAGAUGGAUUUAGAUUUUCAUAAUUUAAAGUAACGUAUUUUGUAUGCUAACAUGAGUAUUUUCUUUUAUUUAAAAAAAGCUACUAGGGAAAUAAAGCAUCCUGAUAAAAGCCAUUUGUCUUUGAAGUAAGUGCUUUGUAGGCUUUUAACAUCUGGACUGAGUGGGCCAGAGGAGAGUGUGGAUGUUGCAAGCGGUAGACAAAGUAGAUUUUUUUUCAGACUCCAAAUUAACUAUCCUUUUGGGGUAGUUUUUGAAGCGACAGCUAUGUUAGCCUAUCUCAGUCUAAAAUAAAUGGGAUGUGUGGAUGAAGGAAUCGAGCAGAACCUUUGAGGCUAAAUGACUUACUUUAGCAAGAGCCUUCAUAGAUACCAAUCCACUAGAUGCAGUGAUGGGCUUGGAAGUAUAACCACAAGCAUAUUGGAGUUGCAAGCUUGUGGGGUGGGUUCAGAAUGUAUCCUAUUACUACCACUUGUAAUGCCCCAGUCUGAUGUGGGUUGAGAAGACUGGUAAACACAGAAGCUCUCCUCAGAGUUACAAUUCAGGGAGACAUGUGCUAGCUAGUCUAUUCUUUCAUUUGUGAGCAAAACAUUAGUGUUACUGAAGAGCCCUGUUAUGGACAUCUACAGUCUGCUUUGUCCCAGGUUUUUGCUUCCAUCCAUGCCUGUUUUGGCUUCCUACUCAUUCCCCCCCAAGGUUUACAAUUUUGUCUUGUCCAUCCUGUUGGUUAAACUAAUGCAUCACAGGCUACCUGAUCUGGGACAGGGGUUUCUUUUUCCACUGUACCGGGAACAUAGAACUACCACCUGUUACCACUCAAACUUUGAUUUUCUUGAGUUUGGACAUGUUACACUUUGAGCGAUUUAAGGAAAAAUAUUAAGCUUUUCAAACCUGGUCUUGGUUGAUACGGAAAUCAUAUUAGGAGUAUUACUAUGUCUGCUUAAAAAUCAACACGCUGUGGUCAUUCUCCAUUAU